AUGGCAACUCCAGCAGCAGCCUCUCAUACGCACUCUCACGAGAAUGGCGGGAUCUCGCAUUCGCACGACGCGUUCGGCGGCCACGGCCACUCGCACGAGAUCCUGGACGGCCCCGGUUCGUUUCUCAAUCGCGAGAAGCCGCUCUCGCAGCAUGACGGGCGGGACUGGAAGGAUAGAGCGUUUACGAUUGGCAUUGGAGGACCGGUUGGAUCGGGCAAGACUGCGCUGAUGCUGGCGCUGUGUCGGGCAUUGCGGGAUGAGUAUAGCAUUGCGGCGGUGACGAAUGAUAUCUUCACGAGAGAAGACGCCGAAUUCCUCACUCGCAACAAAGCCCUCGCCCCAGAGCGCAUUCGCGCCAUCGAGACAGGAGGCUGUCCGCACGCCGCCGUCCGGGAGGACAUCAGCGCGAACCUCCUGGCCCUGCAGUCGCUGCAGCGGCAGUUCCAGACGGACCUGCUGCUGAUCGAGUCCGGAGGCGACAACCUGGCGGCGAACUACUCGCGCGAGCUGGCCGACUUUAUCAUCUACGUCAUCGACGUCGCGGGCGGCGACAAGGUGCCUCGCAAGGGCGGGCCCGGCAUCACGGGCAGCGACCUGCUUGUCGUCAACAAGAUCGACCUCGCUGAGGCGGUUGGCGCGGAUCUGGCUGUCAUGGAGCGCGACGCGAGUCGCAUGCGCGAGGGCGGGCCGACUGUUUUCGCUGAGGUCAAGAAUGGGAAGGGCGUCGAGCAUAUCGUCAAUAUGAUCAUCAGUGCCUGGAAGGCUAGUGGUGGUGCGUACGAAGUCAGUCUGGAGCGCUGGAAGAACGGCGCUGUUAGGGGGUCGGGAAGUGUCUGA